GCCCACCUCCCCGCGCACUGCCUGGUGUGGUUUGGGCCACGCAUAAAAGGUUCUCCGGCCUAGGGCUCUCUCGGUUUUGAGAUCUCUUUCCUGUCUCUACCCGUGUCUGGACGUCCGUGUGUCCGGCUCUUGCUCACGCAGUCAUGGCCUCCGGCAACGCGCAAAUCGGAAAGUCGGCUCCUGACUUCACGGCCACAGCGGUGGUGGAUGGUGCCUUCAAGGAAAUCAAGCUUUCGGACUACAGAGGGAAGUACGUGGUCCUCUUUUUCUACCCACUGGACUUCACUUUUGUUUGCCCCACGGAGAUCAUCGCUUUUAGCGACCAUGCUGAGGACUUCCGAAAGCUAGGCUGCGAGGUGCUGGGAGUGUCUGUGGACUCUCAGUUCACCCACCUGGCGUGGAUCAAUACCCCACGGAAGGAGGGAGGCUUGGGCCCCCUGAAUAUCCCUCUGCUUGCUGACGUGACUAAAAGCUUGUCCCAGAAUUACGGCGUGUUGAAAAAUGAUGAGGGCAUUGCUUACAGGGGUCUCUUUAUCAUCGAUGCCAAGGGUGUCCUUCGCCAGAUCACAGUCAAUGACCUACCUGUGGGACGCUCUGUAGACGAGGCUCUCCGCCUAGUCCAGGCCUUUCAGUAUACAGACGAGCAUGGGGAAGUCUGCCCUGCUGGCUGGAAGCCCGGCAGUGACACCAUCAAGCCCAAUGUGGAUGACAGCAAGGAAUACUUCUCCAAACACAACUGAGAUGGGUAAACAUGGGUGAGCCUGAAGCUUGGAUUUCACCUGUGCCCCAACCUGGAUGUCCUGUGCUGGCCCAGAAAAUGCUAGAUUUUCCUCCACUCUCUGAAGGGGCUGGAGUCUAGGCUGAGGUUUUCUCAUUACCCACCUGGAAUCUGGUGAAUAGUGAUCCUGCCCUGAGCACACCUAGCUGGGCCCAGGUCUAUAGGAAACCAAUAAAGUAUUAGGGACAGUGUAAGUCUGUGUUGGUGUGUGUUUAGUAGUUUUAGUAGUUUACACUCUGGCUUGUGCAACUGACUCUGUAGUUAUGCCUCUUCACCACAAGGUGGAGGCAUUACCUCAUUCACGCCAUGGUCUGAGCAUGGUGGGACACAGUGAGACCAAAUAAUUACUAGGCCUGGAGGGAUUCUUUAAGAGCUCUUUAUGUUUCUCCUGAAGAUCCAGGUUCCAUUCCUGGAGCUUACAUAGUUGCUUACAACCCUCUUUAACGCCAGAUCCAACACCUUCGUCUGAUCCUCCAGCACCAGGCAUGCACGUGAACAUGGGCAGAACGUGCAUAGACAUGAAAUAAAUACUUCUGUAAAAAAAAAAAAAUAGGGGUCGGCAGUUUACUUCUGGAUUCUGGCUCUUAGACCAGUGUCCAUAUCUUACCAUUAACUAUAUAAAAUGAUAUGUAACAGCUGGAUCUUCACUGGGUUUUUACAUUGGAUGGGAAUAAAAACUAAAGUCAAA